AAUCACGUGACUUGUUGUACCGGUUAGACUUCCUGUUAUUUCAAUUCCGGUCUAUUUAUUUAGUUGUUCUGGAAGCUGUGUCAUUUAAUUGUUUUGAGAUUAGUAUGACAUAUUUAUGAAGCGCGUUUUCUUAAACUAACGUUUCUUCUGAAGCCAAAGAGGCUAAACUAAGGCAGCCUGCUACUGUUAGCCGCCGGGGUUAGCUGCGGUAUCUACCUGCUGACAGCUGCGGAGCGGAUGUCUCUGUAGCUUUUACCUUUGCCCUCAGUGCUAACCCGUUUUGUUACCAGUUCCUGUGUAUAUUUAUUUUGGUAGCUAACGUCAUGGCUGCGUUUCUGUCAGCACAAUACGCUGUCUGUCUGAGGAAACCCGGUCUGAUACAUUUUAGAAGAUUCGCAGUGAUUUCUGCGCGGUACUCCAGCAGCAGGGCAUCUUCCUCUGCGGACUAUCUGCACCAAAGCGUCAUUCCAUCCAUGCAUUACCAAAAGAGUUUGCCCAGACUCCCCAUACCUAAAUUGGAGGACACUAUCAGGAGGUAUUUAGCUGCCCAGAAACCUCUGCUGGAUGGUGACCAGUUUGCAACAACAGAGAAAAUUGCUCAGGAUUUCCUGAACAGUGUGGGGAAAGAGCUGCAUGAGGAACUGGUGGUUCAGGACAAGAACAAUAAGCACACAAGCUACAUCUCAGGUCCCUGGUUCGACAUGUAUCUGUCUGCGCGCGACUCUGUGGUGCUGAACUCCAACCCCUUCAUGUCCUUCAAUCCCGAUCCAAAGGAGGAGUACAACGAGCAGCUGGUGCGGUCAGCUAACAUGGUGUGCUCAGCCGUGCGCUUUAUGAAGACGUUGCGAGCGGGUUUACUGGAGCCGGAGGUUUUCCAUCUGAACCCGGCAAAGAGCGACACAGACAGUUUCAAAAACUUCAUCCGCUGGGUUCCGCCUUCCCUGUCCUGGUACGGAGCCUACAUGGUGAACGCGUACCCGCUUGACAUGUCUCAGUACUUCCGCCUCUUCAACUCAACCCGCAUCCCAAAACGCGGUGGGGAUGAGCUCUUCGGUGAUGAGAAAGGCAGACAUCUGCUAGUCAUGAGGAAAGGCAACAUGUAUGUAUUCGAUGUUGUCGACAGGGAUGGGAAUAUGGUGAAACCGGCCGAGAUCCACUCCCACUUAAAGUACAUUUUGUCCGACUCCACACAGGCAGCCUCCUUCCCUCUGGGUAUCCUGACCAGUGAGAACAGGGAUGUUUGGGCAGGGCUGAGGGAGAAGCUGGUAGCUACUGGAAAUGCAGAGGCUUUGGGGUUGGUUGACAGUGCCCUCUUCUGUCUCUGCUUGGAUGAAGAGAGCAUGCGGGACCACAUUCACAUCUCCCACAACAUGCUGCAUGGCGACGGCUGCAACCGCUGGUAUGACAAGUCCUUCAGCAUCAUCAUAGCCAAGGACGGUCAGGCGGCUAUUAACUUCGAGCACGCUUGGGGCGAUGGAGUAGCUGUGCUCCGGUUUCAGAACGAGGUGUUCAAAGACACCACAGAGAAACCGCUGGUGCACCCAGGUUCUGCCCCGGCUGCUGUGGACUCAGCCUCUGCUGUCCGCAGGCUGCAAUUCCACCUGGACAGAGAACUGGAGAAUGGCGUACAGAAAGCCAAAGAGAACUUUGACUUGUCCAUAUCAAAGCUUACCAUCGACGCCAUGGAGUUCAAGAAAGGUGGGAAGGAGCAGCUGAAGAAGAGCAAGCUGAGUCCAGACGCUGUAGCCCAGCUGUCUUUUCAGAUGGCGUUCCUGAGGCAGUACGGCCAGACUGUUGCCACAUAUGAAUCCUGCAGCACUGCAGCAUUUAGGCACGGCCGCACAGAGACCAUCCGACCAGCCACCGUACACACCAAACGCUGCUCACACGCCUUCGUUCAUGAGCCCAGCAAGCACAGUAUGGAGGAGCUGCGGGCCAUGCUCAACGAAUGCUCCAAAUAUCACAGCCAGCUCACAAAGGAGGCAGCUAUGGGUCAAGGGUUUGACCGCCACCUGUUCGCCCUGCGUUACCUUGCCAUGUCUAAGGGCCAAGCUUUGCACAGCCUGUAUACAGACCCAGCCUACGCUGCUAUAAACCACAACGUCCUCUCCACCAGCACACUCACCAGCCCCGCCGUCAGCCUCGGGGGCUUCGCUCCGGUGGUGCCUGAUGGGUUCGGCGUUGGUUACGGUGUCCACGACAACUGGAUCGGCUGCAACGUGUCCAGCUAUCCUGCUCGCGACGUCCAUGAGUUUCUGCAGUGUGUCCACAAGUCUUUGGAGGACAUCUUCAGUGUUCUGGAAGGGAAACCUCUCAGCUAAGAUUCAAGUGUGACCGAUGACCACAAAUCACUAAAAAAAAAAAAUUAGCUAAUUAGAUCUGUAAAACAUUCUAGUAAAUAUUAACUUGCAUUAGCAGGGUUUUUAAGAAGCAAAUGAAUCAAAAGUAAAAAAGUUUACUUGUAUGUUCAGUACAUGUUGGGACUGUUAUUAACUUUGGUCUGGAAGGAUCUACACAGCAACAGGCAGCUGCAGACACCUUCUCUGGAAGACGCCAUCCUGGAGAUGGAUGCUGUGCCUUACUAAGAUAAUGUGAACAGAAAUUUACUGUAAUUUAUGUUAUUUCACUUUCUUUACUUGUUUCUGAUUGGAGCCUUGCUGUGGUUGAUUGUCUUUUGGAAUUAUCCAGGAUUCCAGCUCAUGUUUAAUAAAAAAAGAAAAUCA